UGUUUGACAGAUGACUUAAAGUGAAUCCUGAAAGUACUUCUUAACAAAAGCAAAAAAGUAUCUAUUCCAGAAAUUGUCAAAUUUAAGAUAAACCCAUCUGUAGAAUUGUUCAUAAUGAAUUCUAUACAGUGAGAUGACUGAAAGUUAGGGUGUCGCUACUAAUACAUAAUAAGGAAGAAAUUUGACAAAAGACUUAAGUAUGUUCUGUCUUCUCUCAGGAACGUUCGAUAUUGUUUUGUGUGUUGAUGUAAACGAGACAACAACAGGGCAGGCCAAGUCAAGAAAAGAUGCUCUUAUACCAGAACUGAAGAAUAAUGGAGUGCAAUUUGAUGUACGCAAACUUCAGCUGGGGGACUUUUUGUGGGUGGCACGUGAAAGAACUGUUCCAACACCAGGUUGUUUGUCGGUACCCGUGGCUCGUGAAUUAGUUCUGGAUUAUAUCAUUGAACGCAAGAGGAUGGACGAUCUCUGUGGCAGUAUCAUUGAUGGUCGUUUCCGUGAACAAAAGUUUCGGCUGCGCCAUUGUGGCCUCAGACAUCCAAUCUACCUGGUGGAGGAUUUUGGCUCAAUUCAGCACAUGAGUCUUCCAGAGAACACAUUACUGCAAGCUAUUGUUAACACUCAGGUAGUGGACGGCUUUUUUGUGAAGCGGACAUGUGACCUGAAAGAGAGCGUUGCUUACUUAACAGUCAUGACUCGAUACCUGCAGAGACUUUACUCGAAUAAGACUCUAUUUAGCUGUCAUCAGGGAGAUUUGGAGCAAGCGCCAUCCAUUGGUAGCAGUGGAAACGACAAAAUGUAUCUUAUGAAUUUUGCAGACUUUAACGACGCGACAGUCAAAAACAAGGUGAUGACAGUGAGUGAGAUAUUUGCCAAACAACUUAUGCAGCUCAAUGGUGUAUCUCCUGACAAAGCUGUUGCUAUCUUGGAGAAAUAUUCCACUCCUAAAAGGUUGCUAGAUGCUUACAAGGCGCAGGAGAGUGUGAAAGACAGGGAAUUACUCCUGUCUGCUCUGAAAUGUGGCAAGAACCAAAGGACUCUGGGACCCUCUCUCAGUAGACUAAUUUAUCAAUUGUUCUGCUCACCUACGCUGUGCUGAGUUGCUUUGGAGCCGGUAAUUAACAUUGUGAUGAUGAAGAAUAAACGACUUGUUCAUUGUACGCUUCACGAUGGACAACUUAGGCGAACAAAAGACAAGAACUAAACAGCCUCAGAUGGAAGAUGGAAAUUCGGCACUCAGUUUCGAUAACUCUCAAUGUUGGCAUUCGUAGUCGGCUAUUUGGUGGAUACAAAGGAAGGAAGCUGUACAUCACUACAACGUAAUAAUGUGGGUUACAGUUCCACGUGUAACGAGAAUUUUGACGUGAAGUGAUAUGAAUUGAUUGAAUGUUCAUAGUUCUAUUGUAAUAAAUUUGUUAAUUUGCCCGGGAAA